CUCUUCGGUGGAGAGGCGAAGGAGGAGCUGUCAAAAGUUUUAAGUCGGGAGAGGUUCCGUGAAUCUGGACAGAACUUCACACACACACUCACACACACACACACACAGACGCGCGCGCACACAUAUCCAACGGAGGAGGGUUACAGUUAUGGAGUAACACGAUUACAAACCAAGAGAUACAUCCAAAGCGUUAAAAGAGACGAAAUGGAGACUUUGGCCAAAACCGGAUUCCUGUUUUCUUUUCUGAUUUCUUUGGGCUCGUGCGCGACGCCGGAAAAGAAAGUGUGUCAGGGAGGGAACAACAGACUGACUCUGCUGAGCACCGUAGACGAUCACUACCAGAACAUGGUGAAGAUGUACAGCAACUGCACAGUGAUCCUGGAAAACCUGGAAAUCACACACACUUCAGAAAAGCACGAUCUUUCCUUUCUCAAGACUAUCGAAGAAGUCGGAGGACACGUGGUCAUAGCGCUGAACAAAGCACCGGUGAUCCCACUGGACAACCUGCGCAUCAUCCGAGGCCACUCGCUGUACGAUAACGAAUUUGCAUUGUCUGUCUUGUCGAAUCAUAACAAAAUCACAUUAAGAGGAGUUAACCAGCUGUCCCUCAACAGCCUCACAGAAAUACUUGAGGGUGGUGUGAAGUUUGUCGACAACCUUUACUUAUGUAACGCGGAGACCAUUCAAUGGGCUGACAUUGUAAACCUGAAGCGCAGUCCCAGUCCUAAAAUCAUUGCACAUCAGAACUGUACGAAAGACUGUAAGAAAUGUGACCAAAGCUGUUAUAAUGGCUCCUGUUGGGCUCCUGGACCUAAAAACUGCCAGACUUUCACAAAGCUAACAUGUGCCGAGCAGUGCUCCGGGAGGUGUAAAGGUCCCAAACCCAGCGACUGCUGCAACGAGCACUGUGCGUCCGGCUGUACCGGCCCCAGACCUACAGACUGCCUGGCCUGCAAGUACUUCCAGGAUGAGGAUACAUGCAAAGACGCAUGCCCUCCUCUCAUGCGCUACAACCCCAACACACACCACCUGGCCCCAAACCCGGACGGGAAAUAUAACUUCGGGGCCACGUGUGUGAAGAAGUGUCCACAUAACUAUGUGGUCACAGACCAUGGUGCAUGUGUGCGGGCGUGCAGUCCUGGAACUUAUGAGGUGGAUGAGGACGGGGUCAGGAAGUGUAAGAAGUGUGACGGUCUGUGUCCGAAAGUGUGCUCUGGACUGAGAGAGGGUCAUCUAAGUAAUGUCAUGUCCAUCAAUGCCAGCAACAUCGAUUUGUUCGAGAACUGUACAACUAUCCACGGAGACAUCUCCAUUCUGAAGACAACGUUCCAAGGGGAUAGUUUUACUAAUACUCCCCCAAUGGAUCCUGCCAGACUCAAUGUCUUCAAAACAGUGAAAGAGAUUACAGGCACUCUGCUGAUUCAGCACUGGACAGAUGACAUGCCUUCUCUCAGCCCCUUCGAAAACCUGGAGGUGAUCCGCGGACGAAUCAAAUACCAAGGUACGGUGAGUCUGGGGAUCAGCGGGACUAAAAUAACGUACCUGGGCCUGCACUCUCUGCGAGAGAUCAGUGAUGGAGACGUGGCCAUCACACAGAACCCCGGACUGUGCUACAACAGCCCAGAGCACUGGAGCCGGCUCUUUAAAUCAGACAGGCAGCAGGUCCGACCCAUGCAGAACGCAGACGCUGCCAGCUGUGCGGCACAGAACCUUACCUGUGAUGAGAUGUGUACGUCGGACGGUUGCUGGGGUCCGGGGCCAACCAUGUGCUUCAGCUGCGUGAGCCACAGACGCAAGACGAGCUGCGUGGCUUCCUGUAACCUCUUGGAUGGCGAGCCACGUGAGAGUGAGGUCAAUAAGACGUGUCUGGAGUGUGACCCCGAGUGCAAGCCUCUGAACGGAACUCGGACCUGCUCCGGGCCUGGUCCUGACAUGUGUGUGGAGUGUGCGAACUACAAAGACGGGCCACACUGUGUGUCGCGCUGCCCGCAGGGUGUCCCGGGGGAGAAGGAAAUGCUGAUAUGGAAAUAUCCUGACAGUAUGCACGUGUGUCAGCUCUGCCACCCCAACUGCACCCAGGGAUGUACAGGACCAAAUCUUCAUGAGUGCAAAGGAACAAGUGACACGAGCACGUCGAUCAUCGCCGCCAGUGUGGUCGGAGGACUCCUGGGUUUUGUCAUCAUCUGCCUGGCCAUCGCCGUGGCACUAAGGAGACGGAAGAUUAAGCGGAAGAGAACUCUGCGCAGAUUAUUGCAGGAGAGAGAGUUAGUGGAGCCUCUCACUCCCAGCGGAGAAGCUCCGAACCAGGCGCUGCUGCGCGUCCUGAAAGAGACCGAGUUCAAAAAGAUCAAAGUGCUCGGCUCCGGAGCUUUCGGCACCGUGUAUAAGGGUUUAUGGGUCCCCGAAGGAGAAGACGUGAAGAUUCCCGUCGCCAUUAAGGUUUUGAGAGAAGCCACGCUGCAGAAAGCUAACAAAGAGAUCCUAGAUGAGGCCUAUGUGAUGGCGAGCGUGGAACAUCCGCACGUUUGCCGCCUGUUGGGCAUCUGCCUGACCUCCAACGUGCAGCUGGUGACCCAGCUCAUGCCCUAUGGCUGCCUGCUCGAAUACGUCAAGGCGAACAAGGACAACAUCGGCUCGCAGCCCCUGCUCAACUGGUGUGUUCAGAUUGCUAAGGGGAUGAACUACUUGGAAGAGCGCCACCUGGUGCACAGGGAUUUGGCCGCACGCAACGUGCUGGUGAAAACUCCUCAGCAUGUGAAGAUCACCGAUUUCGGCUUGGCCAAACUCCUCAAUGCCGACGAGAAAGCGUACCACGCAGACGGAGGGAAGGUGCCGAUAAAAUGGAUGGCGCUCGAAUCCAUCCUUCACCGGACCUACACGCAUCAAAGUGACAUAUGGAGUUAUGGUGUGACCGUCUGGGAGCUGAUGACAUUCGGGACGAAGCCUUACGACGGAAUUCCUGCCAGUGAAAUCGCCGGGGUCUUAGAGAAAGGAGAGAGACUCCCUCAGCCGCCGAUCUGCACCAUCGACGUCUACAUGAUCAUGGUGAAAUGCUGGAUGAUAGACGCAGACAGCAGACCAAGAUUCAGGGAGCUCAUCGCAGAAUUUUCCAAGAUGGCACGAGAUCCAAAACGUUACCUUGUCAUUCAGGGUGACGAGCGGAUGCACUUGCCCAGCCCCACAGACAACAAAUUCUACCGCACUCUGAUGAGUGAGGUGGAUCUGGAUGAGGCCGUGGAUGCUGAUGAGUAUUUACUGCCCAACCACGGCUUCUUCAGCAGCCCCAGCACGUCUCGUACAAAGCUACUGCACUCUGUGAGCCUGAACAGCAGCAUCGGUUCAUGCCAGAACAGGAACGGGGCUCUCGUCCCCGGUCGUGAGAACAGCAUCAUGCUGCGCUACAUCCCCGACCCCACCGAACGCUUCCUGGAUGGAGACUUCCAGCCUGCUCCAGAAUACAUGAACCAGAACAGCAGCUCUGUGGUCUCGGACAUGGCUAACCCCAUCUAUCAGCACCCGGCGUCUUCAGCCCUGGAUGAGACAGAGGAGGAGUACCUGAACUGCUUCAAAAACCCAACCACCGUCACUUCUCCUAACUCCGCCCCUGAGUACCUAAACACCUCCCACUCUCAGCCGUUUUCCCCCUUCACGUCCAGCCAGAAGCAGCUGAACGGGCAUGGGCACGGCUACAUCGCGCAGAACAGCAUGGACAACCCCGACUACCAGCAGGACUUCUUUCCUCUGGGGACCAAACCGAACGGUCACCUCCCGGCCGCCGAGAACUCGGAGUACAUGGGCGUGGAGGUGCACUAGCACGCGUCAGGAGUGGGCGGAGUCUGUAAAAGCCACGAGAUUGGACUUACAAUGGCAGAACGUAGCAAUGCUUUGGUGGAGGCUUUAAACUACCAUGAACUUCUUGAGUUUUUGUGUGUCUUUGGAGAUGGAAGCUGUGACAGACUCACAUCCAUAUGUCUCAGAAUUUUAAACCUAUUCAGAAGUAGUCUUACUACAUACAGGAUUUGAGAAAAACUCGAAUCACCGCUUAUUUCACUCCCAAGGCCAACUCUUUUCCGUAGCCUUCAUUUUAGCUUCAUUUUCUGUCAGAACAGACUUUAAAAGACUUUUUUCUGUAUUUUGAUCCUUGUGCAUUUCCUUCCUGUUUGAGGUUUUAUACCGAUUGGGAAAAGACUUGACCGUGACUCUGUAGAGAAGACGACAACCUUAUUGUACACGUAUGGAGUUCAGAACAUCACACUUAAUAAUGUCAUAUUCUGAUAAAUCGAUAAUAUUUCUCUAAAACAAAAUCGAACGGCAGAACUAAAGAACCCUGACGUGAUGCUGCCUUCUUUCAAACAGUCCCACAAUCAGACUCUCUAAUCUGAAAACCAUUUUAAAAGAUCAAGAAACUCAUCGUGUCUUACGUUCAGACUUUGUCCUGUAGCGCAUCCAGCUUCCCCUCUUCCCCACCGAAGCUGAGCCACACGUCUUUCCUGAGAGACAGCAGGAUCAAACAUAUCUAUUACACACAUCUAUCACAGUAUGUUAUACUGUACAAGCCGUGUACGGUCACGCGUCUGUCCUCCACGUCUGGUCUGUACAUCAGUUCUUGUCUCGUCACGUUGCUGCACUCACUCGUUGUCAAACUGUUAGAAAUGUUUUAAAGGUUGCGCUACGGAAAAACAUAAAGGAGGCUCCAAGAGAAAUGUGUGAUCGUGUACAGUAAGAUUCUCUUCUUCAGAUUUUGUGCUAAAAAAAAAAAAAAAAAAAGCUUAAUAAGAUUAUUGCUCCUUGACGUUUCCAUCUAUGCCCUCUCGACUAUAAUUAUUACUUUUAAAAAGUAAACUAAAUAAAGUGUGUGUUUUGUACA